GCUGGAAAAGGGGAUUUGGGAGUGUGAGCAGCACUUGGAGCAGAGCACAGCUGACAUGGCUGGGAACAAAAGGUGAUAGGAAAACUCUCUGCAUCUGCAGUGCUGCACAUCCACAGGGUCUAUGAGAAAAGGUAACUCGGGAAAACGCUGCGGAAUUGGAGCUGAAUAUACAGCCUUCUAGAAAAGAAACCAGCAACGCUUAAAAGUGCACCUUUGGACUGGAGCUGUGUUUUUGGGAAGACUAUGGAUAGGCACCAGAGCUGGCAGCGGAGCUGUCUGAAUGCUGCCUUCUUCAUGCUGCUGUGGAGCGGCGUUUCCCACGCACAGAGGGACUGCACAGGUGUGGAAUGCCAGCCCCUGGACAACUGCAUCGACGACGUGCUGGAGCCCGGUGAGUGCUGUGCCACGUGUCUGCAGCACGGCUGCACGUGUGAAGGCUACCAGUACUAUGACUGCGUCAACGUGGGCUUCGUCAAUGGCAAAGUACCCGAAGGCCAGUCUUACUUUGUGGACUUUGGAAGCACUGAGUGUUCGUGCCCUAAGGGAGGGGGUAAGAUCAGCUGCCAGUUCAUGCUGUGCCCAGAGUUGCCUCCAAAUUGCAUUGAUGCAGUGGUGCCAGCGGACGGGUGCCCUCAGUGUGGAAGAAUAGGCUGCCUCCACGAGGGGCAGAAAUACGUAGCAGGGCACACUUUCCACAUGCCCCCGUGCAAGGUCUGCCAUUGUCCAAACGCUGGCGGUGAGCUGAUGUGCUACCAGCUUCCCGACUGUAACACGUUUGCCUUAAACACCGUGAGUCCCAUGGAUGCUGAAGACAAUGAACCAGAGAGGCACUACGACGAUCCGUACAGCUACGACCAGGAGGCACCGGAAGGAGACAACACCCAGGUGGAAUCUCCAAAAAAAUACAGGAGCUAUUCUUCCCAUUUCGAGCAGGAGAGCAUCAGCCAAGAGCAAAGCGAGGAUUACGACUACCUACCAGCCAGCAUUGCUCCUUCAAGUUCAGCUGUGGCUGAUACAUAUGCUGAGGAAACAACCACUCCACUCACCACACCAGCACCGAAGCUCCUCUCUGAAUUUCGCAGUGCCACAGAAAGAACUGAGCGAAAGAGGGUGCCCAGCACCACUCCAGCACCUCCCCAGCAAACAACGCAUAAGGAAGCCCCAGUAACAACCAUUGCUCCUCUGGAGCACACCACAGCCACAACCGAGACACCCAAGCAGCUGGGGAAGGACAGGAGGCCAAAGGGGAAGCAGGGGGACAAGGAAAGGAAUGAACACGAAAGAGCACCCCAUUCUAAAAUGAAAAAGCACGCCAGAAAAGAAGACCCGGGGAACAGUAUUCAUCUAGACUUGAAAGAGGUGAAUUUAACAGAGCCAAGUUCAGCAAAAUCUUCCCACGAAACACAUGAGGGAAAUGCCUUUCCCAAGGUAAAGUUCAGUGCAACAACCUCUCCCCCUGUUGCUCUAAAGGAAGACCGUAGUCAGUCAUCCCAAAAGCAGUCACAGACACUCUAUCGUUACCAUCCUGAGGAAGAUGGGGACCCCAACUCUAUUCACGCUAACCCCAGAUUACCAGAAGGUUCUACAAAGGAACUGAUUGAGAGCUGCUGUGGAGCUGGACAGCAGUGGGCUAUAGACAACGGGGAGUGCACAGAAACUCCUAUCAGUGGAGCGGAUGGUGAUAUUUGCAGAAUCGCUCAGAAGCAGUGUUGCAUCUCCACCGUCAAGGAGAACAGCUGCCUGGCUGGCAUGAUUGCUGCAAAGGAGGGAGAUGCAUGUGGACCAGAGGAAAGCGAUACCUGUGGAGGAUCAUCAUAUAAGCAAUGCUGUGAUUGCUGCAAUCUGGGCCUGCGAUUAAGGAGUGAGGGGAAAACCUGUGAGUCCAACAUAAAUCUGGGCUACCCCUGCAGCCACGUGAUGCUGUCCUGCUGUGAAGGUGGAGAUCACUUCAUCCAUCCAGAAAUAAAAAAGCAUCCUGAACCUUCACCAACUGCAACACCUGAGAAGAUUUCAGAGACGGAAGAUCACAAUGAAGCUCUGUCCAUCAGUAAUGAAGCCGAACUGUCAAAUAACCUUCCUGGAGAUGACCUGGACGAAUGUCUUCUGUAUGGUGGGGAGCUCUGUCAGCAUUUGUGUAUAAACACUGUGGGGUCCUACAAGUGUUCGUGUUUCCCAGAAUUUACUUUGCAAGAAGACGGGACCAGCUGCUCUCCAGAUCCUGACCGAGAGCAGGUGACAAGGCUGGAAGUAGAAGCCACUAUUCCCCCAGCAGCCUCUCCUUCUCAGCCUCUUCUCAUUGUGUCCUUACAAGAAGAGCAGGAUAAGUGUAAAGAUAACGGCCCCUGCAAGCAUAUCUGCAGUGUUGUGGAAGGCAAUGUUGUAUGCUCAUGUUUGUCUGGAUACACUAUCAUGGCUGAUGGGAUUUCUUGUGAAGACAUCAACGAAUGUGUAACGGAUGCGCACACCUGCCAGCGGAGAGAACACUGCGUCAACACGAUGGGAUCAUUUAAAUGUCUCCAGGAAUUGAGCUGUCAGCCGGGUUAUGAACUUAAGGAUGGAGAAUGUGUUGAUAUUGAUGAGUGCGAGAGAGGAACUCACAGCUGCAAAGUAAACUUCGUUUGUCAGAAUACAGAAGGGUCAUUCUACUGUGAGUCAAAGCAGCGUUGCAUGGAUGGGUUUUUACAAGAUCCUGAGGGAAACUGUGUUGAUAUUAAUGAAUGUACAUCUCUUCCUGAGCCAUGUAAGCCAGGAUUCAACUGUAUCAAUACAGUUGGGUCUUACACCUGCCAGAGGAACAUGUUGACAUGCAGCAGAGGCUACCACUCCAAUGAGGAUGGGACUCGAUGUGUUGAUGUGGAUGAAUGUCAGACUGGUGUACACCGCUGUGGCGAAGGACAGAUUUGUCAUAACCUUCCUGGGGCUUAUCGCUGUGACUGCAAGAUGGGCUAUCAGUAUGAUGCAUUCAGCAGGAGCUGCAUUGAUAUAAAUGAAUGCUGGAAUUACCCUGGACGCCUGUGUCAGCACACGUGUGAGAACACCCCCGGCUCCUACCAUUGCACUUGUUCUUCUGGUUUCCACUUGUCUUAUGAUGGAAAGCAUUGUGAAGAUGUGAAUGAAUGUGAUACAAGUCCCUGCAGCCAGGAGUGUGCCAAUGUUUACGGUUCCUAUCAGUGUUACUGCAGGCAAGGUUUCCAGCUAGCAGAAGAUGGCCAUUCUUGUAAAGAUAUCGAUGAGUGCACGCAAAGCGCGGGCAUUCUUUGCACUUUCCGCUGUGUGAAUGUUCCUGGCAGUUACCAGUGUGCUUGUCCUGAGCAGGGAUAUACCAUGGCAGCAAAUGGAAGGACCUGUCGAGAUAUUGAUGAAUGUGCAAUAGGAACCCACAACUGUUCAGCUGCGGAGUCCUGCUAUAACAUCCAGGGCAGUUUCCGCUGCCUGUCCUUUGAGUGCCCCUCCAACUACAGAAAGGUGUCUGACAUGAGGUGCGAACGAAUCAGUUGCUUUAAUUAUCUGGACUGCCAGAAUACCCCGGUGCGCAUCACCUAUUACCAGCUGAACUUCCAAACCAACAUCAUGGUCCCAGCGCACAUCUUCCGUAUUGGACCAUCGCCUGCCUAUGCUGGAGACAACAUAAUCCUUACUAUCAACAAAGGAAACGAAGAAAACUACUUCAGCACUCGGAGGCUGAACUCAUACACGGGCAUUGUCUAUCUUCAGCGACAGGUCAAAGAGCCUAAAGACUUUUUGUUAGAUGUCGAAAUGAAACUGUGGCGUCAGGGAACAUACACUACUUUUCUUGCCAAAAUUUACAUUUUCAUCACAGCUCAUGCAUACUGAAGCAUGUAUUGACGUUGGAAUUUAUUGGUGCUAUGCUCUUUACCUGUUCUACCAAAGCUUAAUAUUGUUGAACUGGCAUUUAACGUAUCUAGCCUUUAUGUUAUUUUUCUGUCAUUGCUUUCAACUUUUUUUAUUGGUUGUGUAAAUUAAGUUAAUUUUUUUCUUUGUUGUUUUGCUUUCUUAUAUAAUUCUUCACAUCAUCGUUUGACAAUGAGCAAAAGGAGGGUUAGAAAGGCAUUGUGUUACAUGCAGGUAUCUUUUCUUAGAAAUUACUCUUAGGUUUAGUCACAUAUGCAAGGUAUUGCACUAGAGAGGAGAGAUGUUCACUUGGGAGCAUUGCUUUUUGCAUUACGAGAAAAAGGCUUGAGCAGUUUCUCUUUACUACACGAACUUAUGGUUUGGCCACUGAAGUUUUUCUAUGUUGAGAUACUGUGUCAAGGGCUGUGCAUAUACAUUGACAGUUGACUCACCUCAUAUUACAGGUUUGUUUUCCUCCUUCCAUCUUUUAUAAUAUGUUGCCUUAAAAUAUAUAUAAAUAAAAGAAAACUCCACCAGUGAACAAGCCUAUGACUGAGCCUUGCUUUAGUAGGACUGCUCCUAUGAUAGACUUUGGCAAGACCUAGGCCUUCAGGGGAUAGGGUGCUUCAAGGGAAAAGCUCGCAUUGCCAUUUUUAAUAGUGUGCUAUAGGUUCUUGAACUCUUCUCUGCACAAAAGCAUUGUAUUUAGGUAACCAUAUGUGCAGACUAGAUGUAUUAUAAUUCUUACAGGAAAGUCAAAGAGGAAAUGUGGAAAUAAUCAACUGCUGCCCUUUAUUUUAAGUCCUGUGUGUGCUGCUGAGGAAUCAUUUGAAAUUUUAAAUAAACAAUAGGGGAGUUGCUUCUGUUCUUCAGGAAAAUUACUUCAGUUGUAUUACCAAAUGACGCAGAGGAAAAUGCUAGUUAAAUUGGUGGUUUGUAUUAUGCCAUUUAGAAACAGCACAACUUAAGUUUUGAGUUGGAUUUCCUCUAGUUCCACAGGAAACUGGAAGAGGUCCAGAGCUGAAGGCCAGAUGUGGUAAAGCUUAGUAUAAUCAAAGUGUUUGUUAGAAUUUAGAAAUGAACAUCAGAGAGUCUCUUUUUCUGAGGGAAAAGAAAAAGUUCCAGCAUUGAAACUCACUGAACUUCCUUUGUUCUGCCUAUAAUUACUCCGUAAAAUGUUUUGAUGGAAAAACAUAGCUACGAUAUAUUGAUGUUUUUUACACUGCAUUUUGAUAAUCUGUUCUUUUCUACAGUCAUUCUUAUUUUGACCGGUGUGUACAUAUAAUUUUUUUAAAAAGAGAGAGAGAAAGAAAGAGAAAUUAAAUCUUAUGGCUUUUUAUGCCAUAAUCAAUACUUCUAUUAUAUUGUAAAAAUAGUUGUUUGAAAUACAUCUUACAAUCUUAUAACCACCACCAGCAGGGUGAGAGGGGAGAUGUACUGUGUUCAUUAUGUCCCAAGGCCAACUUCUACCACUCCAGGUAAAUUACUUCUUUAAUUCAGACUCCCUUAUUGAUGAUAAAGCAGAAAUCUCUCUGUGUCUCACAUCAUAAAGACUUACUGCUAGAGAAGAAAUAUUGCUAUUCCUCGGUUGUAAAAUAUGGGAUAUCUGAAAGUUUGCAUACAUUAAGUUUCUUGGUUUGUUUUUGUUGGUUUUGUUGGGUUUUUUUGUCUAUAAAAGUAAUUUUGUAAAAGCGAUCUUCCAUCUAUCUUUUGUUUUCCAUAGCUACCAGUUUCAUAAGCUUUUAGCAAAGAAAUGCCAACAGAGAAACACAUUUAUGCAAUUUGUCAUUUCAAUUAAUGCAUAUCUUACAGCUACAGGCCUGGAAAGAUGAAGAGGCAACCACAAGAAGGAGUAGGAGAGCCUUCCAGAUUCAUUAUGCUGCAUACAUGUUAAGUGGUGAUACAUUUCUCCAUGCCCCAGUGGGACACAUAGGAGUCACUGAAACCCAGAGGUUUCCAUCAGCAUUAGUUUGUGAUUGAGCGUAAUGAUAUUCAUGCGCCAACAGCCUUUCUUGUCAGAGAACAAAUGGACAAGGCAUUUGUUACUCAGAGACCUUCUGCUGACUAAAAACAACUGCAGUCAAUCAUAUUAAGGAUCUGCCAGUUUGUAGCACAGACUUUUCAUUUUGUAGACAGGUAGUUG